AUGACGACCGCACGGCAAGUCCUGCUCAGCGUACGCGUCAUGGACGAAAUACAGCAGUUCCAGGAUGGCAUCUUCCUUGACAUGGAGUCGCUAAAGGUGCUUAGCGCUCAGCCGGAUGGGCAGGGCGACAACGACCUCCCACAUCUCGAGGUCCGUGCGGUCCAAGCUCUGGCCGACUGGUUCGGGCAGCACAAACUUGUUCGAUUGCCCAAAUUGCUUCGCGAACAUCCAACCUUGAUCAAAGUUGUAGUAGCGUACGCUUUGCAAGCUGGCAGUCUCAUGGUUCUCAAGUGCCUUCUACGAAGGGGGUAUUUGUCGCCACACCAGGGUGCCCUCCUCAACCUGGCCGUUGUCCACGGCCAACUCGAAGUCCUUGAGUACCUUCUCCCCCGCAUGCAGCUAUGUACAAUAUCGCCGCGUCGAGCUGCGGCAUCGUCCGCUGAAAACGCUGCAAAGGCACAUGUCAACGCGCUAACAUCCACAGACACUGGAAACGAGGUUUCUGACCAAGCGCGCACAAGUUUGAAAAAACUCCAGACGGCUGCAGCGAUGCUGUCUCUCUUCAGUACGCAUCCGUGUCGGUGCAAAGUUUGCGCACCGGCCCCCAUGGCCGCUUCCGUGGUGCUUCGAACCCCGCGUCUCGUCAAGGCUAUCUAUGGCUUUCAAACCACGAUGGAAAGCUGUUCAGCGUUCCAGUAUCUGUACGAUCCGUGCUCGUUCGAGUGCCCUGCUCAACGACAUACGUCUUACUUUACCACGACAUCAAGACUCCUCCAACCGCAUCAACCCGCCAGCCUCGCCUAUCGAUCUCGUGUCGGUUUGUAUAUUGGAAGCGGGCACCACCUCGUCGCCCAUGCCGCAUUGACGCAGUGGCGCGACAACGUGGACGCUCUGUGCUUUGGCCCGAUCGAUGUUCUCCAGUACCUUCACGAUCAAGGCUGGCUGCGAUCAUUCCACCAAACUUCGUCCAUUUUCAGCGAAGUAGCAGCCGCCAUUCUCCAGCCAAAGUCAGUGCAAGCAUUUCUACAAGACCAUGGGUACGACGUCCCAUGGCUCUAUCGUUCGUCUGGCGUUGGAGCGUGCUUUCAGCGAGUCUUGCGGUGUAAACGCGUAGCGCGGUGCAUCGUGGGCUUUCAGUGUGGCGUCCCCUUCGCACUCUCGUUCCACUCGCUCGUCACCCCGGACAGUCUCUUGACACCGGACGAGCGCGCUUGGCUUGACAAGCAGGAACAUCUGUCCCCGCAAGUCGCCGUGUCCGACGCAAAACGCGCGCCGAUUUGGCGCUACAUGACCCUGGGCCACCACUUGAACGCCCAUCGACUGUUUACUCUGCGUGGCACCUCUCACAGCAACAUGAAAGCGUUGAUGGACGCGGUGAUACGUGUGCGGGAUGGAGCGCUUUUCGACGUGGUGGUCGUUGAGGUGCUGGCAUUUGGCCAAGUGUCGCUGGCACGCUGGCUCGUGAAGCACCACCGCGUUCGCAACUUCCCAGUCGAUGCCAUGGACAUCGCAGCGGCGGCCAACAACUUGUCCGUGUUGACGUAUUUGCAUGGGAUGAAGUACAAGUGUACGACGGAUGCCAUGGACGAGGCGGCGCGCCUCGGUCACUUUGAAGUCGUCAAGUUCCUGCACCUGAACCGUUUGGAAGGGGCGACGAAACGAGCGGUUGAUUUAGCAGCGGCCAAUGGGCACAUCGAGAUCGUGCAAUAUCUGCUACACCGACGCCAGGAAGGGUGUACAGCUUAUGCGCUCGCCGCUGCCCGCGCGAACGGCCAUGUAAAUAUCGCGCGGUUUCUCGUCAAGUCAGUGGCGAGGUUCCAAAAUGCCGCACCAACUAGACUCGAUACCCUUGUCCGUCAGGCCUUUCUGCUCGACGCGUUCUGGACGUUGAUCGAUUCGUUUCAGCAGGGACUGCCUGUGGACAUGUUGAGUCUGCGUCCUUUGCGAACCCUCGCGAGGCGGUUUUGUCCAAAGACUGUGGCUGGUGCGGCGAGUCGCAAUAAGUCGGCCCUGCGGCGCGAGGUAUGGGAGGUCCAUGUCGAAGCGAAGAAGUUGCUCCUGCCUUGGUUUCAAACAUACGGCUGCGGUCGCCUGUGGAAGCUGCUGUUCCUCAUGCCCGAGACCGUUGACAUGGUUAUUUUCAUGACCACGGGCACUUGUUUUCGUUUCCAGGCGAUGCAGUCGCCGUUGCCCGGUGCCAUCGGCACGACGCCGUGA